AUGAUGGCCGUGUUACCGUCCCGCGGCGUCAUGGCGGACCUCAUCUUCGGCUCGCGCGUCGGUCAAAUGACCUUCCCUGCCGACAGCAAGCAGCCCAAACUCUCGGUCGUCUUCUGGCCUCCCCCCUCCACCCCCUCCACCCCCUCCACUCCAUCCUCCUCUCCCGCCGCCUCACACCCCACGCCUGCCUCCCUGCCAGUUGACGAACCGGGUCUAGAGUCGGUUGAGAUGACUGCCAGUGACGGCACACGCUACCGCUGCAUCCUCCCCCCACCCACGCUCUCCUCCUUGGCCUCUCCUGGUGCUGGCGGGGGAGGGGCAGAAGGGGCCGGGGGGAAGGGCGGGGCAGCAGGAGUGGCGUUUGGGGAGAGCCGGAAGAGUCCGGAAGACCUGCUGGACGCCAUGAAGGGGUUACCCUGUUUUUACCGGCAAGACGGGUGGUGGACGUACGAGUUUUGCUACAAGAAGCACAUUCGCCAGAUGCACAUCGAGCAGCAGGAGGGCGAGAACAAGGUGACCAUGGACUUUGUCCUGGGGCGCUACAGCGCACGCGAGUCACUGCGCGCACAGAGGAGGCUUGAAGCGACUGCUGCUGCUGGUGGCGGCGAUGGGGGAAAGAGGUACCACGUGCAUGUGUACACCAAUGGUACAGCCUGCGACCUCACUGGCGCUGGCCGUCGCACCGAGGUGCGGCACGUGUGUGAGGAGGGCGCGCAGACUUUCAUGGGGACAAUCAAGGAGGGACCCACGUGUGAAUACGAGCUGGCACUGCACACCAACCUGCUCUGCUCCCACCCCCUCUUCCGCACGGUACGACAGCCCAUCCACUUCAUCAACUGCCACCAGUUCCCCACCUCCUCCUCUUCCUCCCACUCCCCCUCCCCCUCUACUUCUGACCCAUCUCCUCUCGAAAUCCCCUCUCUCGAAGAGGCUACGGAGGGGACUGGGGAGGGGGGUAGCCGGGGCGAGGUGGAAAAGGAAGGGGUUGCGGAUGGAGAGGGGGAGAAGGGAGAGGGAGUGGAGGGUGGUGGUGGUGGUGUUGUGGUGGAAGGGGAGGAGGAUGGGAUGCUGUCGUUUGUGUACGAGGGGGAGGAGGAAGAGGAGGAGCUAGUGGAGGUAGAUCCAGAGGUGGAGGAGAUAGAGGAGAGCCUCAGUGCUCUGUGA